AUCAUAUCUGUUGCGUGGAGCAGGAAUUACAUUGAUGUUGUCUCCUUUCCUCAGAAAAAAAUGGGCUUAGGGGGCGAUAACGACCAGGAAGGGACGGGCCCGGCGGCCGACGCCGGCCCAGAGACGCCGGUACUGCGCAUCAGCCAGCUGGACGCCCUGGAGCUGGACGCCUCCCUGGAGCAGCUCAUAUGGACGCAGUUCUCCGCGUGUUUUCAGAACUGCCGCCCGGGCGUUCUCACCCCCCUGGAGCCCGAACUGAGGGCGCUUCUUCAUCUGCUGCUCUGGAGGUUCACUCUGUAUUCCAACAGCGCCACCGUGGGACAGACGUUACUGAGCCUGCGCUACCGCAGCACGCAGGGCCCGUCCCCCGGCUACCGGCCUCUCUCUCCCAGACAGAAGUUGAGCCUGGCCGUACUCACCGCAGGACCCCGCUGGCUCCAGGAGCGCACCCACAGCCUGUUGUCUUCUCUAGGUUUUUCACAAGGACUCGUGUCUGGAGGAAAUGAUAGCCUGCUCCAAAAGGGUCUCCGCAACGCCCUCACUCUCGUGUCCGGCGUCGCCAAGCUUGCAGGUCUCAUCAACUUCCUCGUGUUCUUAAAGAAAGGCCGCCACCCCGUCCUCGCUGAGAGGAUCACAGGCGCCCAGGCGGUUUUCAGCAAACCCAAUGUGGUCCGGGAUGUAACCUACCAGUACAUGAACAGAGAGAUGCUGUGGCACGGCUUCGCCGAGUUCCUCAUUUUCUUGCUGCCUCUGAUCAAUACGAGGAAACUGAAGGCGACAGUGUCUUCACUUGUGUUUGGUGGGGGAAGCGCUGGUGGAGACAAAGCGAAGGAAGGGAGUGAGGCGUGGAAGGAGUGCGCGCUGUGCGGAGAGUGGCCGACCAUGCCUCACUCGGUGGGCUGCCGGCACGUUUUCUGCUACUACUGCGUUAAAAGCCACAGCAUCGCAGACGCCAAGCUCACCUGUCCCAAGUGCGGCGCGGAGGCGGGGCCGAUCCAACCCGUCAAAGUGGAGGCGGGGAAAAAUGGACAAUGAACGUCAUAUCCUGCAGAAAUUGUAUUCAAAUUGCAGAGAUUUAAUAAAACAAUUUUGCAGAAGAACAAGUUAUUCCAGUGAACAAAAGAAGAACUUUGAAUGGGUCUUUUGUUGUGAGAGUUGAGAGUUUAUGACUGGGCGUAUCUUUAUGAUCUCUGUGCCUGUGAACACACAUGAACCUGCUGUGUUUAAUAUAUGUGUGUAUAUAUUGACAGUCGUCUGCCCCCUCUGCUUUUCCGGCUGGACUUUGGACGGAACUAUUUGUCUUUGGUGCACUGGACAGACUACAGAGAACCACGCAGAGCAUAUAUUUGAUGAGUGAACGUGUUGAUUUAUGCUCCAAAUUGGCUGUGUGUGUAUGUGUGUGUGUGUGUGUGUUUGUUGAAAUGGGAAUAUUUGUUCUGAUGAAAAAUGCAGAAAGUCAGCUGAAUAAAUAAUGGGAGGAAUUUCUGAUGCCUCUCAUCAUGGCCAAAUUAGCAUUUGUUGUGUAUUUUGUGCCUAAAUUGUAUUUCAACAUCAUUAAAAUUGAUAAA